AUGGUCACGGCCCACCGCAGGCACCCCUCGAGGUUGGGUGGCCCAUGGCUGCUGGGUCUCCUGGCAUGCCUGCUGCUCUGGGGCUCUCCAGGAGCCUGGGCGAGCUACCUGAGGAGAUCCUCCAGCUGCAUGCCCAUUCCACACCGUAUGGCCUUGUGCUACGAUAUCGGCUACUCCGAGAUGAGGAUUCCUAACCUGCUGGAGCACGAGACCAUGCCAGAAGUGAUCCAGCAGUCUUCCAGCUGGCUGCCCUUGCUGGCCAGGGAGUGCCACCCAGAUGCUAGGAUUUUCCUCUGCUCCCUCUUUGCACCAAUCUGCUUGGACAGGUCCAUCUACCCCUGCCGCAGCCUGUGCGAAGCUGUCAAGAGAAGCUGCGCACCCGUCAUGGCUUGUUACGGCUACCCCUGGCCCGAAAUCCUGAACUGCAACAAGUUUCCUGCAGACCAUGAACUGUGCAUCACAGCAGUCUCCACAGAUGAAAACUCCACGAGCAGGAGAACAGUGCCCCGAGCCAGCUGCAAGGACUGCGAGCUUGAGGAGGCCAGCACUGCCAGGGAGAUCCUGGAAAACCUCUGUGCCAAUGAUUUUGCAGUGAAAAUCCGAAUCCUGAGGAAGAAUAUGACCACCACCAUCUCGGACUUCGACCUGGACCCCUCCAGGGUGGAGGUCCUGAAGCACGGCCCGCUCCUCAGAACCGAAAUCCCCGCCAGGCUCCAGCAGUGGCUGGACAUAGAUGCUACCUGUGUCCACAACAUCAUGAGAGGCACUCACGCAGGGGUCUUCAUUGUAAGUGGCGAAGUACAGAGUGACAAAGUGGUGGUGAACAAGGCCUACGCCUGGCAGAAGAAGAACAGGAACCUGCACCAGGCGGUGCGGAGGUGGAAGCAUCACCGCUGCCCUGAACAGGCUGGCCGGAAGGUCUGAAAAAUCUCAAUUCCAACAAUAAGAAACUGCUCCUUUCCCUAUGGCUAGAAAACUCCUUUCCCUGGCAGUUGGUGUUUUGGAGA